GCGCUAUUAUUUUGUUUCGGUCUAGUGUGACAUUAAGAGAAAACCUAUAGCGGGAAAAUUGUUAAUUGUAAACAAAAUUGGAAUUUUGAAAAGAUGGCAGCGGCGCUUCAAAGACAAAGAAGAGUGGUAAAACUAUUUGACAACAUGACUUCUCUAGAACGACUAAUAGCUUGUCUCUCGGAAUUUGGAGGUACAGCCUUCUUGGUAUUCAUCGGUUGUCUAGGAUGUACUAUCGGAGCUCCUCUUGAACAAAUCGCGUUCACUUUUGGUUUCGCCAUCAUGAUUGGAGUACAGUGUUUUGGGCAUAUUUCUGGUGCGCACAUCAACCCGGCAGUAACUGUAGCUGCAGCGACACUAGGUCAUUUUCCACUGAUAAAUAUUCCUAUCUACAUAUCUGGUCAGAUACUUGGAGCUCUUACGGGUUUUGGACUAGUAAAGGCUAUUACUACGACAAAACUGAACAGCAGCACUUUGGGUGCAUGCUCACCAUCCCCUGCAGCACAUCUUUCAGUAUUUCAAGUAUUUUUAGUCGAAUUUCUACUUACUCUUAUCCUCAUUUGGGUAUGUUGCGCUAUUUGGGACAGCAGAAAUAGUAAUAAUACGGAUUCUAUUUCUCUAAGACUUGGAUUGACUGUAGCUGGGCUGGCAAUGGCUGGUGGUGCUUAUAGUGGAGCUAAUAUGAAUCCAGCUAGAAGUUUUGGUCCUGCUCUCUUAGAUGGAGAUUGGAAAUAUCACUGGGUCUACUGGGUAGGUCCUCUAACUGCUGCUUUUCUAGGAGGUUUAAUGUACAGGGUGGUGUUCGGAAAAGAACCAAAGUCCAACGAGACGGUACCAGAUGAACGUGCUACCCGUGAAAACACUUAAAAUAAACAAACUCAUUGAAGAAAUUUCAUCUCUCUUUAGUGAAUCUUGCAUUUUAUAAAAUUUAUAUUAAAAUUUCUUGAAAUUAGGGAAUUCCACACUCACUAAGUCCAACCCUGGCUAUGUAAUUAUAGCAAAAUUGGGCUUUUUGGUCUUUGUAUAAACACUUUUUGUAAUAUUGUAUGUUUUAAAGAAUACUU